AUGGUGAAUCCGCGAACUAUUUUAACGCCAAUGUUCUCGUUCAAUCUGCCCUUCUUCCAAUCUACAAAUCCAGAUUUUUUCCCGAAUUCAUUCUUGAAUCUAAAGGGCUUAGUAAGCGUUCGCCAAAUUUCUGCAUUCAUUUCGCCAAAAAUGGAUGAUCUUGAGUUAUUGAAAAUGCCUUAGCUUAUUGAUUUAAAGAAUACAACUUCUCAUCAACUCUCCGUUUGUGAAUUGCCCAGCCUUUUACUGGCAGUGUCCGUUGAAUUGCAAUAUCCUGGUGGAUAUGUCAAACCAGUACCAUUCGGUGCUUUUAUUAUUCUCAUUCCCGAUACAACUUGUUGGCGAAUUGUCUCUCUAUUCUUAUAA